AUGAGCACAGAAAGGGACUUAGAAACGACAUUUGAGGAGGAUUCUCAACCCAACGAUGAAGUGGUUCCCUACAGUGACGAUGAAACGGAAGAUGAACUAGAAGACCAGGAGCCCCCGGUGGAGCCGGAACAGAACCGGGUCAACAGAGAAGCAGAGGAAAAUCGGGAGCCAUUCAAAAAAGAUUGCACAUGGCAAGUCAAAGCAAACAAUCGAAGCUUUCACGAACAACCUCAAUUUAUGAAAACAAAGUUUUUGUGCAUUAAGGAGAGCAAAUAUGCAAGUAAUGCCAUUAAAACAUACAAGUAUAAUGCCUUUACCUUCCUACCAAUGAAUUUGUUUGAGCAGUUCAAGAGAGCAGCCAAUUUCUAUUUCCUGGUCCUUCUUAUAUUACAGACGAUCCCUGAGAUCACCACGCUGGCAUGGUAUACCACCCUGCUGCCCUUGCUUCUGGUGCUGGGCAUCACAGCCAUCAAAGACCUGGUAGAUGAUCUGGCUCGCCAUAAAAUGGACAAGGAGAUCAACAACAGGACGUGUGAGGUCAUUAAGGAUGGCAGAUUCAAAACUGCCAAAUGGAAAGAUAUUCAAGUUGGAGAUGUCAUUCGCCUGAAGAAAAAUGAUUUUAUUCCUGCUGACAUCCUGUUGCUCUCCAGCUCUGAGCCGAACAGCCUGUGCUAUGUGGAAACCACUGAACUAGAUGGGGAAACCAACUUGAAGUUCAAAAUGGCUCUUGAAAUCACACACCAGUAUCUCCAAAUAGAAAAUUCAUUGGCAACCUUUGAUGGUUCUGUAGAAUGUGAAGAACCCAAUAACCGACUAGAUAAGUUUACAGGAACACUGAUUUGGAGAAACUCAAAGUUUCCUUUGGAUGCUGAUAAAAUUUUGUUGCGUGGCUGUGUGAUUAGGAACACAGAUUUCUGCCAUGGACUAGUCAUUUUUGCAGGUGCUGACAGUAAAAUAAUGAAGAACAGUGGGAAAACCAGAUUUAAAAGAACUAAAAUUGACUACUUGAUGAACUACGUGGUUUACACGAUCUUCGUUCUUCUCAUCCUGCUCUCUGCUGGUCUUGCCAUUGGCCAUGCUUACUGGGAAGCUCAAGUUGGCAAUUACUCUUGGUACCUCUAUGAUGGAGAAGAUGCUACACCUUCCUAUCGUGGAUUCCUAAAUUUCUGGGGCUAUAUUAUUGUUAUGAACACCAUGGUGCCCAUCUCUCUCUAUGUCAGCGUGGAAGUGAUUCGUCUCGGACAGAGCUACUUCAUCAACUGGGACCUGCAGAUGUACUGCCCUGAGAAGGACACGCCCGCCAAGGCGAGGACCACCACGCUGAACGAGCAGCUCGGCCAGAUCCACUACAUCUUCUCUGACAAGACGGGCACCCUCACACAGAAUGUCAUGACCUUUAAAAAGUGCUGCAUCAACGGGCAGAUCUACGGAGACCCUCGGGAUUCCUCUCAACACAAUCAUAGCAAGAUCGAGCAAGUUGAUUUUAGCUGGAAUACAUUUGCUGAUGGGAAGCUUGCGUUUUAUGACCAUUACCUUGUUGAGCAAAUCCAGACAGGGAAAGAGCCUGAAAUCCGACAAUUCUUCUUCUUGCUUGCAAUCUGCCACACAGUCAUGGUGGAAAGAAUUGAUGGUCAAAUCAACUACCAAGCGGCCUCCCCUGAUGAAGGUGCCCUGGUAAAUGCUGCCAGAAACUUUGGCUUCACCUUCCUGGCAAGGACCCAGAACACCAUCACCAUCAAUGAGAUGGGCACUGAGAGGACGUACAACGUUCUCGCCAUUUUGGAUUUCAACAGUGACCGGAAGCGGAUGUCCAUUAUCGUAAGAACCCCAGAAGGAAGUAUCAGGCUUUAUUGUAAAGGUGCUGACACUGUCAUUUAUGAACGACUACAUGCAAUGAAUCCUUCAAUGCAAGAGACGCAGGAUGCCCUGGAUGUCUUUGCAAGUGAAACUCUCAGAACCCUGUGCCUUUGCUACAAGGAAAUUGAAGAAAAAGAAUUUGCAGAAUGGAAUAAAAAGUUUAUGGCAGCCAGUGUAGCCUUAACUGACCGAGAUGAAGCUCUGGAUAAAGUGUAUGAGGAGAUUGAAAAAGACUUAAUUCUCUUGGGAGCAACAGCUAUUGAAGACAAGCUACAGGAUGGCGUUCCAGAAACCAUUUCGAAACUUGCAAAAGCUGACAUUAAGAUUUGGGUGCUUACUGGAGACAAAAAGGAAACUGCUGAAAACAUUGGAUUUGCCUGUGAACUUCUCACCGAAGAGACCUCUAUCCUCUAUGGGGAAAAUAUAAAUGAACUUCUCCAAAAACGGAUAGAAACCCAGAGGGACAGAGGUGGGGUCUAUGCCAAGUUUGUGCCCCCUGUGGAUGAGCCGUUUUUUCCACCUGCUGGAAACCGCGCCUUGAUAAUCACUGGCUCGUGGUUGAAUGAAAUUCUUCUAGAAAAAAAGGCCAAGAGAAGUAAGAUUCUGAAGCUCAAGUUCCCAAGGACAGAAGAAGAAAGACAAUUUCGGACACAAAGUAAAAGGAAGAUGGAAAUUAAGAAAGAGCAGCGGCAGAAGAGCUUUGUGGAUCUGGCCUGUGAGUGCAACGCUGUCAUCUGCUGCCGGGUCACCCCCAAGCAGAAGGCCAUGGUGGUGGACCUGGUGAAGAGGUACAAGAAAGCCAUCACGUUGGCGAUCGGAGAUGGGGCCAACGAUGUCAACAUGAUCAAAACUGCCCACAUCGGUGUCGGAAUAAGCGGGCAAGAAGGCAUGCAAGCUGUCAUGUCGAGCGACUACUCCUUUGCCCAGUUCAGAUACUUGCAGAGGCUGCUGCUGGUUCACGGCCGCUGGUCCUACAUAAGGAUGUGCAAGUUUCUACGCUAUUUCUUCUAUAAGAACUUCGCUUUCACUCUGGCUCACUUCUGGUACUCCUUCUUCAACGGGUACUCGGCACAGACGGCGUACGAGGACUGGUUCAUCACCCUGUACAACGUGCUCUACUCCAGCCUGCCUGUGCUGCUCACCGGGCUGCUCGACCAGGAUGUGAGCGACAAGCUGAGCCUGCGCUUCCCUGGGCUGUACGUGGUGGGCCAGAGGGACUUACUGUUCAACUAUAAGAAGUUCUUCAUCAGCUUGUUGCACGGCGUUUUGACGUCCAUGGGUCUCUUCUUCAUACCUCUUGGAGCUUAUCUGCAGACCGUGGGCCAGGAUGGCGAGGCCCCGUCAGACUACCAGUCUUUUGCUGUCACGAUUGCCUCUGCUCUUAUAAUCACAGUCAAUUUCCAGAUUGGCUUAGAUACUUCUUACUGGACUUUUGUGAAUGCUUUUUCAAUUUUUGGAAGCAUCGCUCUUUACUUCGGCAUCAUGUUUGACUCUCACAGUGCCGGGAUCCACGUGCUCUUUCCAUCUGCAUUUCAGUUUACAGGCACAGCUUCCAAUGCACUGAGGCAGCCGUACAUCUGGUUGACCAUCAUCCUGACCGUGGCUGUGUGCUUACUGCCUGUCGUGGCUAUUCGAUUCCUGUCCAUGACCAUCUGGCCAUCAGAAAGUGAUAAGAUUCAGAAGCACCGCAAGCGGUUGAAAACCGAGCAGCAGUGGCAGCGGCGGCAGAGCGUCUUCCGCAGAGGGGUGUCGGCGCGGCGCUCGGCCUACGCCUUCUCCCACCAGCGGGGCUACGCCGACCUCAUCUCCUCCGGGCGCAGCAUCCGCAAAAAGCGGGCCCCGCUGGACGCCAUCAUCGCGGAGGGCCCCGCAGAAUACAGGAGGACUGCGGAGAGCUGACAGCUCUGCCUCAGGAGGUCUCCUGCGAGACAGCCGUGAGAGGACGUGCCUGUUUUUUUAUGAAAGACUCUCUGGACUUUUUAAAAUGGAAUCUGUCACAAGGAGGAUGAAGAGACAGUCACCUUUAUGACAGACUACCUGGGCUGGACUAUGAAGCCACAGCAAGGCCGCGGACAUCUUCCUGAAAGACCUGUUGUGCAACUGUCUGCAUCCCCGACUGGCUGGCCCAGCCUCACCUCAGGCGACAGGAACAGAGGGGGCCGCUGUUUCCCCUCGCAAGGUAUUGCAUCAUAAAGACCACCAUCACCAUUUCCUGUAUUUCGCCUUAUUAACAGAGAUCGUUUUCUUACUUGGAAUGGUAAUGACAAGAUUCAGUGCUCAUCACCUGGAAGCUCAGUGGGCUGGUGACUUUUUCCCAGAGCUGAUCAUGUUGUUUAUUGGCUUAAUAAUUCACUUCAAUGAAGGAAAAUGACUUAAAAACGUUUAAGUACAGGUUUCAUUUCUCUUUUGGUUUACUGUGGACUAAAGUAGCACAUUACAUACGUUUACUGUUUCUAUCCAUGUGUUUAGUCCCUGUUUUCAUUUAAAAUGAUACACUUAAAUAGUCAUGGACUUUUAAAGAAGUUUUUGGAAACUGAGGAGAUCAGUGAUAAAUUGCAGAAUCUUCUGCAAAGCUUUCUUUUGAAAAGCAACCUUUGUGCCUGCCUAUAUGUGUUCUAGAAGGGCCUUGAACCAGAGACCUCAUUCUUUUUGUCACUUGUCUUUUGUCUGGAAGUCACAGUUCUAAGACUAACAGCACAUCCUCUUAAUAUUGUAAACCAGGUAAUCAUGUAAAAUAUAACUAUUCCUCAACUUCUAAUGGGGUUAUGUCCCAGUAAGCCCAUACAAAAGGUUAAGUUGAAAAUGCAUUUAAUGCGUCUUCCUUUGCCUAUUCUACCUGAUAUGUUCUCAGAACCCUCCAGUUAGACAAAAGCCUUCAACACAAAGCCUGUUUUAUAACAGUUGCCUAUCUCAUGUAAUUUAUUAAAUGCACAGUGAAUACCAAAAACACCCCAAUUCAAACUUUCAAGUACAGUUUAUAUUAAAUUCAUAGUGUUUGCCCCGUCAUCAAACCUAAAAAUUACGUUCAACCAUUGCAAGUCAGGGCCACCCAUGCGUGCUCGGAGGUGACAGUUUAUUUCCUAAGGCGUUUUGCCAUUCUGUGUCUUUCCAUACUAGAGACACUAUUCUAGGGAAGACAUAAAAGUGCUUUCAGUAAUCCUGUUAAUUGAUCACUAGGCUGCAAAUGUUCACAAUAUCAGUCCCUUUGAAUUUCUAUGAGAAAAAUCACGUCAUGUCUAUAGUUCAUUUUCUAGGUAAGAUAAAGGAAUGAAUGCCUCUUUAGUCUUUGGGAAUAAAUUUCUGAAUGUUUACAGCUCCUUCUCAUCUUGUAAAUAUAACUGUUUGUGUUUUUUAAAGAAAAGUUAGCUUGUGUAAUUGUCAGUUUGUGAUUGUGGGAAAAGUCAACAAUGCAAAUGUGUCAAAUACUUUACACUGUUGGGUGCAAUAUAAACAAUUUGAGAAUGCAAAUUGCUUUGGAUAAAUUAUUUCUAUACUG